AUGAGCCUCACUCUUGACGCUCUAAUCGUCCUUACUAGCUUCGCCUACGCCUCCCUCGCGCCCUACACCAAGGUCGAAGAGUCCUUCAAUCUCCACGCGACCCACGAUGUGCUCAUGUAUGGCGUCGGGCCCACAAACCUCCCCAAAUACGAUCACUUCACAUUCUCCGGACCACUUCCACGGACAUUCAUAGGAGCAGUGGUACUGGCAUGGGCAACGCAGCUGUGUUUGAACGCUGGGGAAUGGAUGGGCGUGUCUGCGGGCAAGUUUGAUGCGCAAGUUGUUCUGCGCCUGGUCCUUGCGUCUAUAAACGCGAUCGGUCUCUGUCUACUGCGUCGUGCCGUCAGUCGGCGAUUCGGACGGCUAACAUCGGUCAUGUUCGCCCUGCUAUCGUGCACGCAGUUCCACCUGCCGUUCUGGAUGGGACGCACGCUGCCGAACAUGUUCGCGCUCCUUCCAGUCAACGUCGCACUGUGCCUCAUGCUGGACAGAGCCCCCAACUCUACGCGACCGUCUCCGGGAGCCGUGCGCGGUGCACUCGCGCUCCUUACUUUCGCCACCGUUGUGUUCCGAUCGGAGUUGCUGCUGCUAGUGGGACCCGUGGCGUUGCAAUCCGCUUUUCAGUACCUACCUUUGCUUGACGUGAUCAAGACUGGACUCCUCGCCGGAUCAGCAUCUGUUGCCCUCACUGUCGCCGUCGACUCGUACUUUUGGCAACAGUGGCCCCUAUGGCCUGAACUCUACAGCCUUUAUUUCAACGUUGUUCGAGGCAAAAGCUCCGAGUGGGGUGUCAUGCCGUUCCACGUCUACGUCUCCUCCUUCCUCCCAAAGCUGCUGCUAUCGUCACUACCUCUCUCACUCUUCGCCUGUCUCAUAGACAGGCGGAUACGUGCCAUCAUGGCACCUUACGCUGCUUUCGUGGCGCUCAUCAGUGGAUUGGGUCACAAGGAAUGGCGGUUCGUGAUCUACACAGUUCCCGCUUUCAAUGUCGCCGCCGCGCGAGGCGCGACAUGGUUAGUCGGCCGACGAAAGGGCACCCUCUUUGGCCGCCUCUGUUUUCUAGCCGUCAUGGGCAUGCUCGCAGCGAAUUGCGUUGCGACCUCCCUCCUCGCGCGCUCGUCGUUCGCGAACUAUCCUGGAGGCGCCGCGUUGUCUGCAUUUAACAAGUUCUUUGAACACGAGGACUACUUGCAUGUACACAUCUCGAACCUAGCUGCGCAGACCGGCGCAUCCCUCUUCCUUCAGAGUCACGCCUCGCCCCACCUGUCCCUCCCCUCCGUGCAGGACUCCGUCUACGCGCACAAGAACUGGACAUAUGACAAGACGGAGGGUCUUUCCCUCGCCGAUCUCACUGCGGACACUCGCAUCACGCACCUCAUCGCGGAGGCGGAUGCACUACCGUCGUCGCGCUCGUGGACACGUGUCGCGUCCGUCGAUGGGUUCGACGGGUGGCGGCUCAAUCUCGACGUGAGGCUGGCGGGGCUUACGAAAGUGUUAGAGAUGAAGAAGAGCGAGAAGCUGGUGAUAUUGAAGCGCGCCGUAUAG